AAACAAAUCAUCCAACCCUUUUUUUCAUGUGACAGAAGAUAAAUUAUUCAACCAAACAUUAUCCAUGUCAGGAAUAAAAAAGAAGCAAUUUCGUUUUAGAAUCCCGUGGAUAUCAGGUUCUUCAUCCAAGGGAUCUUCUUUUCAUCGAAAACAAAGAGCAAAGUCUUCUUCAGAAUUAGUCUAUGCUCCAACACAGCCUCUUCCUACUCCAAUAUCUGAACCUCAAACAACUCUAGAGAGAAAAGUGAUGUUUGCGGUCUCAACAUCGAAGCCUAGUGAAAAUAACCUCGAAGUACCUGCAAUACCGGUCACCUCAAACGUAUCGAACUCCGCCAUGAGUACGAAUGAUGAUGUAACAAAUCUUGUUAAUAGAGUCGCUACUGUGAAUCCAGUAACACUGCUUCCGACAGAUGACAAAACAGUUAGUGUUGUAACUCUAGCAGGUGACAACAGAGGCGCAACAAUGCAUGUUGCAGGUUCGCAAUCCCAAUCAACAAGGAAAAAUGGUUCAAUCCAAAACAUACACAGAACCAACAAGGAAGAAGAUAAAGACGAAGCCGGAAAAGCAUAUGUUAACAGUAACAUACAAAGUAUGAACAAUUCAUUCAUGAUUCAAGGUUCAGUAUCCGGACGAGACCCUGGUGUUCGUGUCAUUCUUCCCCAACAGCCUCAGCCACAGCCUCAGCCACAGCCUCAGCCCCAGCCUCAGCCUCAGGUUAGCCGGGUAGAGAAGUUAACUUACCAGCCAAUUGUUAGAAGACGAUGCUUGAGAGGACUUAUGGUGGAACCGAGUGAUUCGGAUCCUGAGAAUCCUGAUAAACCUCGACGUCAUGGAUGCAAAUUCAGUUGCGGAGAUGUUAGAAAAGAUAAAGUGAUUCUGUAACAAAAUUAUAAAAGACAAAAGUAUUAUCUAUUCCUAUAAUCCACUUGAGAUAUCAUACCAGGAUUUUGAUUUUACAUGUUGACAACAUCCAAACUAUGUAUAGUUAAUUCUAUCCUUCUUUGUUUAGUUGUUUCAAGCA